CUUUCGUCUUGGUCGCGAGCUUGCGGAACCGUCAGUCGUUUCUCGCGUCUCGUCGACGAAGCACACCCCCAACCCUCUGCAGGAAACAUCCCUUCGCGUCGUUUCUUCGACAUCCGUUUCAUCGCUGACCAAUGUCAAUCGAGCGUGAUGAUUCAACGAAAGCACUCGUUUAAUUAACAUUCAACCUUUCCUCAUUUCUUCUUUCCUCGGUUCCUCGAAGGAAGAGGAGCGAAGUAUCGCCGAGGUGAUAGAAGUAAGAAGGAUCUUAUCUCGUGAUCGAUAGACAUUCGAGGUUCAUGGGGAAUUCUCACGGAGUGUAGAACGGUUUUGGUGUUUUUCCCGGAUUUUCUGUGGCAAAAUGAGAGGUAGAACUUUCAGCUGAGGGAGAGACUUGGAAGAUCGUGAAUCAUGGUGGACAAAUUGCAUGAGUACGAGGGACUCGCUGGCAGAGUGCACGAUGUCCGGGAUAAAUUUAAGGAGAGAUGGGAGACGUGGAAAGAGNGGAAGAAUGGGAUACCGAUGGACCAGGGAAUCAACGGUGUCUUGAACCAUCUCCGAGGUCCACCGAAGUUGGAGAGGUCUUUGAACGAUUACGCUCAUAUCUAUAGGAAAAAAACACGAGGAGAAUUGGUGCGUGUGUCCGCGGCCGUGAUGGGUAUCGAAUUUUCAUACGCCGCUGAAACUGCAUUCGUUUCACCGACUUUAUUGAAAAUCGGCGUGGAUCAUCAACACAUGACCCUCGUCUGGGCACUUAGCCCCCUUAUUGGCUUCUUCGUGACGCCGAUUUUGGGGAGCUUGAGCGAUAGAUGCAGACUGAAAUACGGACGAAGAAGACCUUUCAUUCUGUUAUUGGCUAUAGGGGUGUUGAUAGGAUUAAUAUUAGUUCCAAAUGGUGAAGACAUGGGAUAUGCCUUUGGGGAUACACCACCAACCUGGACCAAUUACACCAUUCCCGUGGGACAUCGAACCACUGCGAAACAUGCGAAAGAAGAGUCAACGAAGCCUCCUUCUCACUCUUGGGGGAUUUUCUUCACGAUCCUGGGCACGGUUUUGCUCGACUUCGAUGCAGAUGCGUGCCAAAGCCCAGCCAGGGCUUAUUUACUCGACGUUACUGUACCUGAUGACCAUGCUAAAGGUUUAAGUACGUUCACCAUAAUGGCGGGCUUGGGAGGUUUCAUGGGGUACGGACUAGGCGGAAUCAAUUGGGACGCCACUACCAUAGGGGUUAUGCUAGGUGGACAUCUUCAUGCUACCUUUACAUUGAUUACUAUUAUUUUCGUUAUUUGUGUAUCCUGUACUAUCACCAGUUUCAAGGAAAUCCCAUUGGAAUUGUUGGAAAGCGAUGAAUAUCAACAUCUACAAGAACAAAAGGCAUCUAGCGAGGAAAAAGAAGACGAGCAAAAGGAACACGAAAAGAUUACUACUGAUGAGUGUGCUUCGUAUGGUACCUUGGAUCAAGAUCAAGAGAUGGCUACCAAAAAAGAUGAGUUUGUUCUCAAACCUCUUCCAGUUCAAGAACCAGAGAAAAGAGCUGGUCAAGUACCCAUGAUACCAGAUGUAACCGACCAGGAUAGUAAUUACGUAAAACAUGAUUUCAGUGAAAAUCUCGAAGGAAAUCCGAAGGCCACAUUAAGGGAAUAUCUUCUUUCUAUUGUAUACAUGCCACACAGUCUUCGUAUGGUGUGCCUAACUAAUUUAUUCUGCUGGAUGGCACACGUUUGUUAUUCCCUAUAUUUCACAGAUUUCGUCGGGGAAGCUGUUUAUGGCGGAAAUCCGCAGGCUCCAGAAGGUACCAAAGAAAGGGAAUUGUAUGAAAGUGGCGUUCGUUUUGGAUGCUGGGGAAUGUCUAUGUAUUCAUUAUCCUGUUCUUGUUAUUCAUUGAUCAUUGAGAAACUCAUAGAACGAUACAAAGCCCGGAAGGUUUACAUUUGCGGUUUGCUGUUCUACAGUACCGGCAUGAUGAUGAUGGCACUGACAAAACAUCCCGCGGGAGUAAUUAUAUUUUCUUGGACCGCAGGUGUUAUGUAUUCCACGUUAUUCACCAUGCCAUAUCUGCUAGUUGCACAUUACCAUGCUUCAUCAACAUUCGAGGUGACAGCUGAGGGUGAAGCCGUUCAAAGUGGAGGAGUACGUGGUCUUGGCACAGACGUCGCGAUUGUCUCCUCUAUGGUAUUUCUGGCGCAAUUCCUACUCUCCUGUUGUCUAGGAACGAUUGUCAGUAAGUCUGGAACCACUACAGCGGUGGUGUGCGUGGCUAGCACCCUCGCUGCCUGUGGAGCCAUUUCUGCAACACAAAUCAUGUAUCUUGAUCUUUGAGCUAGCU